CUUCAUAGGCUACUAAGGAGGAAGACAAGGAGUGCUAAUUCUGUGGGUGUGUCACAAUUCUCCCCAGAGUUAGCAUGGACCUUGAUUCUGGGCUCCUGGGUCAUCUUCCCAACUCUGCUACUAAUCUCUUGCAUGAUCUUGGUGGAGUCACUGCUCCCCUCUGUUCCUCAGUUUCUCCGUCUGUAACAAUGGGGAGAUUAUUUUUCAACAACAGAACAUUUUCCUCGGGUGAGCAGAGACAGCCUGAUACUCCCUGGAGCCUGAUAUCAAUGGGACAUGGACAAAAUGCAGCAAAAGUUUCUCUGACUUCUGGACAAGACCCUGAACAGGUAGUCUCUGAUACUGGACCUGUCAGUCCAGUUCUGGAUCAGGGUCUUGAAACUCAUUUGGGGGUUGUAGCUCACAUGGCAACAGCAAAUUCUACUCCUCCAGGCUCUUUAGAUUUGCUUCAGCCUGGAUUUUCAAAGGAUAUCCUAGGAACAAAACUAGAAGAUAAAUAUCUCUGCUCUGCAUGCAAGAACAUUUUGAGAAGACCAUUUCAAGCUCAGUGUGGACAUCGUUACUGCUCUUAUUGUCUGACCAGCAUCAUAAGCACUGGGCCUCAGAAUUGUGCUGCCUGCAUUCAGGAGGGAAUAUAUGAAGAAGGCAUUUCUAUUUUAGAAAGUAGUUCGGCUUUUCCAGAUAAUGCUGCUCGAAGAGAGGUAGAAAGCCUACCAGCUAUCUGUGUCAAUGAUGGUUGCACAUGGAAAGGCACUAUAAAGGAAUAUGAGAGCUGCCAUGAAGGACACUGCCCAUUCAUGUUAAUCGAGUGCCCAGCAUGUAAGUGGAUGAUCAAACUGGGUGAGAAGGAACAUCAUUCUGAGCGGGAAUGCCCAAAGAGAAGCCUCAACUGCAGAUACUGCAAAGCUCUUUUCUACUAUCCUGACAUUAAGGCCCAUGAUGAGGUCUGUCCCAAAUUUCCCUUGACUUGUGAAGGUUGUGGUAAGAAAAAAAUUCUUCGAGAAAAAUUUCAGGACCAUGUCAAGGCCUGUGGCAAAUGCAAAGGGCCCUGCAAAUUCCAUGUUGUUGGCUGUACCGAAAUGGUGGAAAAUGAGAAACAACAGGAUCAUGAAAUUCAGAAGGUGGCUGAACACCUCUGCAUGUUGUUAAAUUUUGUCCUCGAGGCUAGGAACUUCCAUGGAGAUAUUGGUCCCCUCCUCGGCCAAGGAGACAUGGGGGGCUGGGGAAACAACUCAUUGACCUUAGGGUCAGAGGUGUCCAAAUCUUCAGAGCUGUUGGAAAGAUGUGAAACCUUGGAAAGAAAAACAGUCACUUUUGAGAACAUUGUCUGUGUCUUGAACCGGGAGGUGGAGAGAGUGUCCAUGACAGCUGAAGCUUGCAGCAGGCAGCAUCGCCUAGACCAGGAGAAAAUCGAAACUCUGAGUACCAAGGUCCAGCAGCUGGAAAGGAGUAUAGGAUUGAAAGACCUGGCAAUGGCUGACAUGGAACAGAAGAUCCUUGAGAUGGAAGCUUCUACUUAUGAUGGAAUUUUCAUAUGGAAGAUAACUGACUUUGCUAGGAAACGCCAGGAAGCCAUGGCUGGUCGCUCUCCUGCCAUCUUCUCUCCAGCCUUCUACACGAGCAAAUAUGGCUAUAAGAUGUGUUUGAGAAUUUAUCUGAAUGGGGAUGGCACUGGACGUGGGACCCACCUUUCUCUUUUCUUUGUCGUGAUGAAAGGACCAAAUGAUGCACUUCUACGUUGGCCCUUUAACCAAAAGGUGACAUUAAUGCUGCUAGAUCAGAACAACCGGGAACAUGUGAUUGAUGCCUUCAGGCCUGAUGUGACAUCUUCCUCUUUCCAAAGGCCAGUCAGUGAUAUGAACAUUGCCAGUGGCUGCCCCCUCUUCUGUCCUGUCUCCAAAAUGGAGUCAAAGAAUUCUUAUGUGCGCGAUGACGCCAUUUUCAUCAAAGCCAUCGUUGAUUUGACGGGUCUUUAAUGCCGCCUUUCCAUCAACAAAACGGGAGCCUAGUGCCAGCCUGGUUUGGAAGUGUCUCAGGCAGGGGUCUCACCUCCACACCUGUGGGCAGAGCCCCCAACACACGCCAAGCUCAUAGGGCAGAGGGGUGGGGCCAAGGCAGGCGUUCGGGGAAAGGCCCUGACCUUCAGCUGAGAGAGAUAUACAGGACCAAGAGAAGGCACUGGCUAGACCUUGGAUAUUAGAGGCACUUGGUUUAAGACUUGUCAUCAGAGGGAGUCAGUGAAUGGGCAACUACUUCUAGGAAAUAGGCAAUUCAACCCAGGACUGGUUUGAAAUUUGCUGUGGGUCUGCAAGCUCCUGCCUAUAAAUGAUACUUGAUACACUAUCUGUGUUGUUAUAAGGGGGGUGGGGAUAGCAGACUUACUUUAAGGGAGGGGGGGGUGGGGAAACAUGUUAGUCAAGAAAGAAAGUAUUUCUCUCUGGCACUGUGCUUAAAGGGCUCUUUCCAACAGGGUGGUUAGUUUAGACCCUGCAGCCUUGGUAGCACAGAGGAGCAGAAAAAGAUACAGGAGAAUUGACAAGAAAAGUCUGUCAAGGACCCACUGUGGCUCAAAAGGUGCCCCUUGCUGGCACCUGAGAUUGUAGGAAAUCACUUUGAUCACCCAAAUCUGAUCAUGCAGGGACACAAAGCCACAUUAGGAUGGUGGCAGUGAUCCCGGGGAUAGAAUUGGCUCAUAGAAGUAACUACUGAUUAGCCAGCCAAAGAAUUUUCUAACAUGGCCUUUCAUUAAAGGAAGGCCAAUUCAUUCUUUUGAUUCCCUGCCUAUCCCCACUUCAUGUGGCAAAGGCUAUCUGUUGGAUGGCCAUGCAGGGAAGUUGCUAUGAUAGGAUAUGAUUAAUCCUGUCCUUCAAUCCCUACUAGUUUUAAACAAAAUAGUUCCUACCAUACUACAUGGAGGGGGAGGAGGGAAGAAUGAAUAGGGAUUAUCAACCCUCUGGGCCCAUGCCAUUGAUUUGUAUUAUCUGCAUUAUCAAAUGAGAGAAACAAUCACUAUUAAAUCUUUUUUUUUUUUAAGUAUUUUUUGUGGAUACUGACAAGCUGAUAUGCAUUCAACUCCAUGUCUCCCUGAAUAUUUGAUACUCAAUAGUUCUCUAGAAUACCUCAUUUAUCUGGGAUUUUUCCAGUAUCAUUUCCCCCCCAUCACACAUCCGUCACCUUCCUUUUUGGGGGCAGUUAUUGCCUAGAAAACAGGUUAUAGUCAUUUGGUUACUUUGUUAGUGACCUUUGUGUAGGAAACCUGAACAUAAGAAAAUAAGUUGCCGUUAUAAGGAAGCAGGCUAGAAGAAGGGUGAUUGAGGGAAGAGUACUAGUCUCCUUGUGGUGCAAAAGUGAAGUAAUCUAGAUGUGGUAAGAGCCAAUUUUAGGCUGGGAAAGACAUAGAUGUAUUUGGGUGCUUUCUCCUCUUUGAACCCUUUAUUUUAUCUGAAUCAGUACAAGAAUUUGGAAAGUUGGGUCAUCCCUGGCUGAUGUUCAGUAACAUUAGGGCUGAGAUCCCAUGGUUUGAUGGGGAAGAAGAAGUCUCUGUUCUCUGCCUUCUAGUACAGGGCUCAAACCUUUCUGGUGAUGGUCAUCUUCCUUACAUAUCUAUGUGAAAAAAAGAUGGAUAACAACAACCAAAGGUUUUAGAGUACCAAUUAUGGUGCAAACUAUUCCUGGACCCCUAACCAGUGAUUACCAUUCUGUGAUCCUGGUUCCAUCCCCAGAUUGGAAUGUAAUAAAGCAUCAGUUAAAUUUCAGAUGCUGAAAAGCCAACAGUGAGGAAAAAAUUUGACACAAAAUUCGCAGGCUGUCUCACCUAUCCGGAGGGAUGAGUUUCAUAUAUUUAAGUCAUAUUUAUCCUAGGAUCUUUCACGUGAUAAGCUCAUUCGAUUGCCUAAAUCUUAAGCACCUAAUUAUUUUUGAAGGCAGACUUAUUUCUGCUAAAUAUCCUUUGAGAAGUCUGGAGUUUCCCAAAGUCCUCAUUUCAGAGGAAAGGGCUAGUAAACUCAUAGCCAUAUAAUCUAUGGCCCUGGGAGCCAGAAUCAAUGUUGGCCUGUUCUUCUUGCCUCUUGAUUUCCUAAAGCAGAGGUAGGGAACAUCCUACCUUUGAGCUGUAUAAGGCCCAAGAAAUAACAAGGCAAUUGCAGGAAAUGAUGAGCUGAAAUAAAUACAACUUCCUGGUGCUCAAGUUCUGUAAGUUGAUAAUUUUGUGUGACCCAUGAAAGAUGUUAUAAAUAUCCAAAUGGUACUUGGCAGAAAAAAAGAUUUUCCCACGUCCUGUCCUAAAAGGUGAAGGAGGUAUUUACUCUUCAAAUGUAUCAUUUGUCUUUUGAGUUAUUGAGAGGAGAGGUGAUUACAAUCCUCCUGUACCAUAAAUGACCACUUAAUUGACUGCACCAAAUGCACAUCUCCAAGCUCAACACUUUUGAUGCUUUUUUAAAAAAAUGUUCUAUCAAUGACUGGCAUCACUGUCUUUUCCCAAAUUCACCCUUCUACAUGUAGUCAAGCAAAACACAACGCAGUAGCUGUGUCUAAAAAUGGAGGACUAAUUUUGUACAGUAACCCCCUUUGUGAGGAGGAAACAUGCUAGUUAGUCCUCUGAAGUUUGAAGAUUUCUUUACUCUUCCCUGUACUCCACCGACUACUGGCCUGAUACCUAACACAUAGUAAGCUUAAUAAAUUCUUGUUGCUUGAGAAAGUGGUUCCUAAUAACUCCUGUGAAGUUUUUUCUUCACCCCCAUUCCUUUUUUGAGGUAAAAAUCUGACUAAUGCAGAUCAGUUCUGUUUCUAUUAAUUAGGACUUCUAAGGCAAAAAUGACUUAGGAUCCACAUAAGUCAGUUUUUCAUUUGAUUAUGAAUCUGGAGGCUUUCUAAAUAGAUGUGGAAUAGAGAAAAGCAGUUUCCUGAUUAGCUUAGUUAAAUUAUAAAUAUCCUUUUUAGUGAAGAAAGCUUUAUAUAUUCUCUUUGCACAAUGUAUUAAUGGGAAAUGACUAGAAUUCAUUUUUUUCCUGUUCCUGGGGCUUGCAGUGUACUCUGAUAACCAACUUUAAAUACAUGGACUGUUUCUUAAUUAUGAAGCUAUAGGUCCAAGAAAAAAGGGACCAAAAUUAUAAGGGGCGAGUUGUAACGUUUUAACUUUGAGAAAAAUCUUAGGAAAAUCAUAAUAUUCUUCAGAUAAUUGCCCCAGAAGGAAAGUUCAAUUGCAGAGCAGCAGAUUAUAACUCAACUUAAGAAAAUGUAUCCUAAGUUGGAGCUGUUCUGAGAUGGAAUGUACUGUCCCCAAAAAGACAGAGGAGACAAGGACAGAGGGGAAUCACUAGACUUAAGACAGAAGAAACCUAGACGAAUUUAUCCAGUCCCUACUCAAAUGAAUCUCACAAGAGCAGGAGUUAGAUGACUGAGGUCACUUUCAAAUCUUAGAUCUAAGGAAUCAAAAAUUGCUUGGUUUGGAGACACUUAGCAAAUGAGAUGAGCAGUUUUAAGUGGACAUUUGUACUUUACAAUUUUGACAAGAAGUUGUUAUACUUAACCAUUUAUUCACCUCAACACUGGCUACUAUAAGGGAUGAAGCUGUGGCCCUUCUCUACUGCAUGAAACUUCAGGCCAUAUGGACAUCAAACUUGAGAUCAUGGAGCUGUCGUCGAACUUAAGCUGCCAAUGUUGAGGUGGCAAAACAGCCUUACUUUUAGGCAGAGCCCUAUCCCAAGUAGUUGUAUACAACACAACACAUAUACAAAGCAAAACACAAGGGGUAUUCAAUGUUUAUUCAGGGCUGGAGUGAGGUGCACUGGAGAGGCAGACAUGCAGUUUGAUCCCAGGACCCCACAAGGACCUAUCCCAACAGUUUUCACCAAGGUAGAUCCAACAACCCCUCCCUGCAGCUUCCCAGAUUGGCCCCAGACUAAGUUACAAGCUACUUAGAUGCUGGUGUUCAAAAUAAGUUAUUUAAGAAAAGAAUGGGGCAAAGCCUCAGAGUAUGGGGAAGGAGCCACCUCCGUCCCUGGACCCUGUAGUAACUGUACCAUUCUUUAAUAGGUUGAAUCUGUCAACAGUGCCAACUGUUUGUAAAUCCCCAGAUAGGCCAAGGCAACAGAAAAGCUUCAGGUCCAAACUGGGUUCAACCACGCUAUUCAGAAGCUCUUUCUAACCAAA